AUGACCAAGGCCAUCUUGGGCCAGAUGAAGAACCUAUCGAAAAGUAUUUGCAUAUUGAUGGAUACUUUCCAGGAGCUUGAAGAUGAUGUCCUUGACUAUAUGUCAAAGCUUUGCCCAGUCAAGCCUAUAGGGCCAUUGUUCAUCAAUCCCAAAGUCUCAAGCUCAAAUAUAAGUGUUGAUAUUUUGAAGGCUGAUGACUGCAUGGGGUGGCUCGACUCAAAGCCACCGUCUUCUGUCGCGUACAUCUCUUUUGGAAGCGUCGUUUUCUUGAAGCAAGAACAAGUCACGGAGAUUGCAUAUGGAUUGCUGAAUUCUGGGGUCUCAUUCAUGUGGGUGAUGAAGCCGCCCGAGAAACUAUACUCCAGCAAGCCACAUGUUUUACCAGAUGGUUUCUGGGAAAAGGUUGGUGAUAAAGGGAAGGUAGUGCAAUGGAGUCCACAGCAACAAGUGUUGGCACAUCCUUCCAUUUCCUGCUUUUUGACUCAUUGUGGAUGGAACUCGACUCUGGAGGCACUUGCUUGUGGAGUGCCGGUUUUAGCUUUUCCCCACUGGGGUGAUCAAGUUACCAAUGCCAAGUACUUGGUGGAUGAAUUUAGAGUUGGGAUAAGGAUGUGUAGAGGAGUGGCGGAGGACAAAAUUAUUCCAAAGGAAGACGUGGAAAAAUGUUUGGUCGGUCCGAAGGCAGCAGAGAUUAAAGAGAGUGCGUUGAAGUGGAAGAAGAAGGCUGAGGAAGCCGUGGCACUAGCCGGUUCCUCUAACCAAAAUAUGCAAGACAUUCUCAAUCAAAUCACCUUGAGAUCCAAGGUCAAGCUGUAAAAUACGUUCUCGUGCCACUGAUGACACAUGACCAAGUAUGGUAGC